AUGGCAUACAACAAAGCCUCCAUGCUUUUUAGCUGCAUCCUCUUGCUUUUGCUUGCGCUUACUUUCUCCAUGGGAGAAAGUAAAGUCACCUUUCACACCAGGUUCACAGUGCAAGGAACAUUGGUGUGCAACGAGAUCUACGGGACACAAGUCGGGGACACAUGCUUUAGUAUAAUAGAGGCCUUCCAUCUCACGGCUUCUACCUUCAAUACCUUCAAUCCUAAUUUGAACUGUCAGAAGGUGUUUGUUGGAGAAUGGUUGUGCAUUAAUGGUAUGGUAGUUUGA